UGAUUAUUCUUUCUUAUAAAUGAAUUCCAAUCGCCUCCUGCCCUCCUACUACAGGGAGCAAUAACUGAGAACUUCACUGGGGCAGAACAGCCAAAGUCGCCAUGGUGAAGUACUCAAGAGAGCCUGAAAAUCCCACUAAGUCCUGCAAGGCCAGGGGCUCUGACCUCAGAGUGCAUUUCAAGAAUACAAGAGAGACUGCCCAUGCCUUAAGGAAGUUGCCUUUGAUGAAGGCUAAGAGGUAUUUGGAAGAUGUCAUGGCUCACAAACAAGCUAUACCUUUCCGACGGUUCUGUGGUGGUGUAGGGCGUACUGCUCAGGCAAAGAACAGGCACUCAAAUGGACAAGGAAGGUGGCCUGUCAAAUCUGCCAAGUUCAUUCUAGAUUUGCUCAAGAAUGCUGAGAGUAAUGCUGAGGUCAAAGGGUUGGAUGUUGAUGCCCUCUUCAUUUCUCACAUCCAAGUGAAUCAAGCACAGAAGCAGAGGCGUCGGACAUAUAGGGCUCACGGAAGAAUCAAUCCUUACAUGUCCAGCCCUUGCCACAUUGAGUUGAUCUUGUCUGAGAAGGAAGAACCAGUGAAGAAGGAGCCUGAGACCCAGUUGGCUACCAGCAAAUCUAAGAAGUCUCAAGCUGCAUGAAGUGGUGCUUCCUGCUGAGUGGCAGCAAUAAUUUUUACCAAACGAAGGAGCUUUUUCUAAUUUUUGUCUUUGUUUCAAUUGGAGAGAUUAUUGUUGCACUAAAUUUAGAAUGAGCAGUAAUUUAGAUGAAUUGGACAGCUUCUUUAUUUGUAUGUCUGUUUAGUUGAUUGUUCUGUGAGAUUUUUGUUGGAGAUCUUAAGUGGAAGCCCAUCUUUUCAUACCUUUAUAUGAUGGUUAUGAAAAUUACUCUUGUA